AUGACUCUCUACGAACUGGGCCUGCUUGUCUCCCAGAUCACUCAAAUCCCUGGCAUCUUCGAUUCUACCAAGGAGAUCAAGGCCUCCAUCAGCAAGCUCUACAGCGAGCUGGUCGGUUUGGCAGGCAGCAUCUCCGUGCACUACAGAAACCACAUCUUUAAUCUCGGUCAGCAGCACCAGUCGGUUACGCUCAACCUCAACGAUCUCUUUGGUGGUGACAUUGACUCUAUCUGGGCCAGCAAGACGGCUCUGUAUGAUCGAAUCUGGAUGCAGAGCCUUGGCAAGAAACAGUAUGCCUUAUCUCUCUCCGAACUCCGCCACCGGCUCAACCCGGAGUCGGAGGCGUUCCGGCAUGCGCUGUACGCCGAACUGGCCGAGGAUCUGGAGCGCGCUGAAGACACCUGCGAGUGGAUCAAGAGCGACCUGGUCGAAUAUCUGCAGUCGAAAGAAAAGAUUCUCGCUGUCACUGGCGCUCCGGGUUCUGGUAAGACAGUCCUUGCAGACUGGAUUGAAGAGCGUCUCCAGCGGCCACUCAAUAACGCCACGUACAGUGUCCUGCUGUACACAUUCCCUUCAGAUGACACUGAAGAGGCGGCGGUCGUGUCGUUUCUCAAGGGCGUCCUCUUCCAGCUCCUUGAGCGGAGCGUCGGCAACGUGCAGCUUUACGAGACCCUCGUGGCGGCCCUUGUCAACGAGGAAACACAUACCCGGGCCCAUGGAGGCAACCACAAGCACUCAGAAUUUGAGCUUGCACUGUGGAAGGCGCUGCAUAUCGGCCUCAACACGUUUAAGAAGAGCGACGAGCCGAUCGACCAUGUGUUCUCUGUCAAGAACGUUCGCACCAUCACAUUCUCUCGUUACGAGCACAAGCUUAACAGCGGCAUUCGUCAUGUGGCCAUUUCCGAACAGGAUGUAGCACACGACAUCCGAAGCUUCUUGCGCCAGACGUUCUCGCGAUCUGUGCUCUUCAUGGAACUACCUCCCGCUCAGCGCGAGAAGAUCAUCGAUGAUUUGUCGGUCAAGUCCAAGGGCGUCUUCCUCUGGGCUCGUCUUGCCGGCAACCUCCUGCUCAAGUACCACGGAUUUGUUAUCACACCUGACCACCACGGGUAUCACAAGCACGAUCACAAGCAUGAGCGCAAUACAGCUGCUGGGUUUGUGACAGCGUCCGAAUCCAUCAGUGCAGACGUCGAUGAUGUGCUUCUUGCGACGGAAUCGAAGCUCGAUCUCAAGGGCGACCACCAGCUCCGUGAUAUGCUGUCCUUCCUGCUUGUGUCGGAUGCACCACUCGAGACGGACGACCUAUCAGCUAUUCUGGCCGUCGACGUUCACAACAAGACUAUCCACAAGCCUGUUAACAUUGGUCAGCUCGUCGCGCGGACGGUUCCAGACCUCGUCCUCGUUCGCGACGGCCGCGUGCGCUUCAAGAGCAACAUCAUUCGCGCCCACCUGCACAAGCAGCUUGGCAAGUCGCUUCCUGCCGUGAAGGAGGCCCACCAUCAGCUCACGUUGCGUCUUCUUCUCUACACCAAGCUGGCGGUGCACUCCAGCCUGUUCAACGACCCCACGAUUGACGUCAUUGAUGAGGCAACUGUGCAGCGUCUCUUCCAAAACCAUCGUCUCCUGUCCUUCGUCAUGUCCCAUUGGAUGUACCAUUUCCGUGCCUCGUCUCAGUACCUCCACGGCAGUGGCCAUGACCUGGCUCUGUCCAAGGAUUUCAAGGCUGUCUUCCCCGAUUCCGUCGUCUUUGCGCUGCUCGAGCGUCACGCCUGGGCAUCGACAACGGACCUCGUGGCUCGCCUCACCCUGACCCUGCGGAUCCGGGAGGCUGUUUUUACCGAGAAACAUAUUUGUGUGCUGCAGAGUUUGAUUGUUCUCGGUCAUGUCCACCGCCAUUACUCGCACGCCGUGGACAGCUCACGCUACUUUUACCGCGCUGCCAUUCUUGGUCAACAGGUUCUCUCGCGCUUCAGUGCCCUUGUCGUCGCUUGCACCGACCUUUUCCUCCUGAUUACGGAGUCGAUCAAGUUCACCACACGCACGGAAAUUGUCUCGUACCGGGAGACCCUCAUUCGCUACAAGAUUGAAGUCUCCAUCGAGCGCUUUGGCUCCCACAGCAAGGCGGUACUUGAGUGGUAUGAAAAGCUGGCUGCCCUCUACGUUUCCAUCAAGGAAGAGGACAUGGUCGUCAUCAUCUACCGCGAGAUUUACGAGAUCAUUGUCGCCCGCGAUGGCAAGGGUUCCCAGGAGGCUUCCAAGUUUAAGAAGUUCUUUGGCGGCUUGGAUGUCACCCUCAGCGACGGAGAGGAGAAGAAGCCAGUCGACGGCUACGGCAAACUUCUCCUGGAGACGGCCGAGGACCUCGAGGUCACCGAUGUCCUGCUCUACAUCUCCAUCAUGCUGCGCGUGGCGUUGUCCUACGAGGCGGACAGGAGGUGGCACUGGGCUGAGCGCAUCUACAUCAGCUUGUGGCGCAAGGUGUCCGUCUUGUCCCGCACGGUCGUGACUACCGACGUGCACACGGCGAAGAUCAAGGUGGCCAUGGCGUACAUUACGUACUUGCGCUCCGCCAAGCGUGUCGAGGAGGCGUCGAACAUCCUCAUAGUCCUAUGGACCGAGUACGAGCACUACAACUUCGAGACGCAGGAGCUGGUCCUUUACCUGCGCGAGAUUGGUGUGCUGUUCCGCGUCUUUGGCAUGACGGCCAUCGCCGGCCACAUCUUCGGCAAGGUCUGGGGCUGGUUUAAAAACCAUGGCAAGGGAAAUGACGCCGAGGCAGGCAAGACCAUUGUUCUGAUUACCGAAGCGGUCAAGGAGAUCACCACGACGACCGCCACCAGCAAGACAACGGUGACGACCACGACGGAGACAACAGAGACCAUCGUUCGUGAUAUUUAUGUGACACACUACGAGCGCUGCCGCAAGACUGGGGUGGACAAGACCUUUUUCGCGGCGACACUGUCUCUAAUCGACAUUCUCAUUGCCGCCGGGAAGUGGGAUGAAUCGGAGGUGAUCAUUCGUCAGUCGCUUGAGAUCAGUUGGAAAGCCAUUCUCACGGCUAGCGCCAAGGUGACACUGUCAGAGCACUUCAUCAAAGAGUCCGUCAUCUUGGCAAAGCGUCUCGCAGUCUGCCACAAACACCAGCAUCAAUUCGACUUGGCGGAGCAGAUCUACCUGCGGAUCUACUAUGCUGCUCUCGGCUCUCUCACUUUUGACGACGAGCUGUUCCUUGAGGCGUUGGCUGGCCUCAUUGGGUUCUACGAGGAGUACCACCGCCACGACAAGGUCAUUGAGAUCUACGUGGAGCUGGUCGACAAGUACCGCAAGAAGUGCGGCGCUGCGCACCGUCUGACCAUCCAGGCCCUCUACACGCUGGCUGCGCAGUACGAAAUUCUCGGCCGCAAAGAGGCGUACGCUUGCUACAUUGAGAUCGUGACGACCCUCAACAAGGGCCUCAAGCACUGUCACCACGAUGCCUUCAAGGCCGCCGUCAUCCUUGUUUCCUUCUACCACAUCGAGAAGCGCUGGGCGGAGCUGCAGAACAUUUGCGCCGUGCUCUGGGAGACGUUUGUGCAUCGCCAUCACGAGCACUCGUAUGCGUUUACGGAGGAUGUUGUUGUUCUGAUCUACGAGAAAUAUAUGUACACGCUUGAGUACCAUGCCAAGGUCGACAUUCAGAUCCUCUACGAGAUAUCCAUUAAGUACCGCGAGACGGUGACGAAGGUCUUUGGUGCUUCAGCACACAUUUUCCUUCUUGCACAGCUCUCCCUCGCCCACAUCUGUGAGCGCUCUGAAAAGCACCAGCACGAGGCGGUCGCCAUCUACGAGGAGAUCAUCACGAAGACAAGGUCGACCAAGUCCACGACCACGAUCGAGACCGAGACAUCCAUCAAGGCUGUGACCAAGCGUCUGUCGACACUGUACACCACCAUCAUCCGCAAGGGCGACAAGGGCAGCAAGUCUGGUGGCCCUGGAAAGGACGUGGGCAUCAGCAUCGACCGUGCCAUUGUGCUCUCCCUCGAGGCCUUUGCGCUCUACAAGAUUGAGUUCGGCAUCUGGCAUGCCAAGACGCUGACAGUUCUCUCGGACAUUGUUUUCCUGCACCAGAAGACCAACACCAAGGAGUCGCACAGCAAGGUCGUUCACAUCUUGCAGACGACUGUCAUUGAGAUCCUGACCACACUCACCGUCUCUGCCCAGUUGUUCGAAGCGGCGACCACUCUGGCCUCCAUUUUCAUCAAAGCUGGCCUGGUCGGGCAGGCCGAGUCGCUGCUGCACCAGUUGCGCUACCUCCUGGUCUUUGGUGAGGUCCUUCCUGCCGGCAUUUCGGUCAAGCUGGAGUUCAAGCUGAACCACAAGGUCAACAGCCGUGUCGUGUUCCUCUUCGUGGCGGCAUUUGAGCGUCAUAUCCGUGGCCACAACCAAAAACAGACGGGGCCCGCCAUUACAUUCUCGGAACUCCUGUCAUCGCUCCUGUACGAGGUCCUUCUUUACGAGGACUACCGCGCCAAUGUCGACAGCAAGGAUGUCCGCAUCGAGGAGAUUCUCUUGUCGGGUGCUCGGCUUCGCGGUUUCUGGGCCGAGGAGGCGCGAUCGGAGCUUCUGGUCGUCCUCGACACACGGCUUUUCCCCCUCUUCAAGGCUCGGUACGCCGACUAUGCCAAGGUCACCUCGGACGAGCACACGAAGCUCUUCUACCUUGCUCUUCUCGCCGAGCUGAACCGCGAUAAGGCCGAUGCCAGCUACGCCGUACUGUCUUGCCGCGCUGGCAACCACAAGGUCUACGAGCUACUUAAGGCGGGCCUGUUUGAAAGUGCGCUCGGGGUCGCUCGCUUUGCCUUUGCCUUUGCGUCCAAGCAAGGCUUCUACAAGAGCAGCGGCGCACGCAUUGCAUAUGGCUACAAGCUGGCAGAGCUGCUGGCCGGCAUUGACGCCCGGGCGCCCCCCGCCGACACGCCCCUGCGUGGCAGUCUCUUGUCGCUCUCCCGCGAGGUAACCGCCGGCGUCUUUACCGUGCUGGCCGAGGAGAAGAUCGACCUGGCCACGCUCGAAGUGGCCGACGUCACUGGUCUGGUGCGUCUCCUGGGUGCCCAGGGCGACUUUGCACGCCUGGAGACACUGCUGCUGCAUCUGUGGCAGUCGCGCGAGGUCCGCCGCAGCUGGAAGCCCGCGACGGUCAUGUCCAUUGGCUUCGCCCUGGUGCACGCCUACGCCGGCCAGAAGCAGCACAAGCUGGACCGCGCCAUUGACCUGGCCGAUGUGCUCUGGUUCAACCUGGUGCGCAGCCGUGGCUGGCUCGACCGCGACGCCGUGGCCGCCGGCCAGCUGCUUGCCAGCCUGUACUUGGAGGCGGGCCGUGCCGCCGACGCCAUGAAGGUCUACGAGCGCGUACUGCACCAGAUUGAGGCGGCGGCCGGCAAGAAGAAUGGAGGUGCCUUCCCAGCAAUCACCAACGGCAAGCUGGGCAGCGCAGCUUCGGCGGUUGCUGGCGCCGCCGGCCACACCGAGGACGCCGAGGGCGAUACUGCGCUGCUGGGCCUCCACGCCCGGCAGCACCUCGACCUGUUGGGGGCGGCACAUGCUCGCCUCGGCCGCUGGGUCAAGCCCAAGAAGGAAUACCACGAUCUGUACGAGCACCUGCGUGACAGUCUUGGGCUCAAGGCCCAGCUCCCGGCCACAUUUGAAAAGUGGGCAGCGGCGGCGGCAAAUGCGGCGACGGACAAGUCGGCGCUGCCAGGUGGAUAUGUGGCGCCCAAGGACUGGACCAUUUCGGCAGGUGAGACGUUGGCCCGCGCAGGCUGA